UAGUGACCGAUUUUCACGCCGGGCAAGAUGGCGGCUGUACUGCCGAGGUGUAGGAGCCGCUCGGCAUGAAGUCAUUUUUUAACAAAUUGAUUAAAAUCAAACAAAUAUUUGAACACCGGACUACAGGGAGCGUGUACCACUUACCACUCAUUACAUUCAUCGAUAUCUAAUUUUAUAUGUUGUGAUAAGGAUUUAUUUCUGACAAAAUGAUAAUUGUAGUAGCUCGCUAAACUAGCUAACGUUAGGAAACGCCGGAGAAAGUGUAGAAUGGGAGAAAAGCUAGAACUCAAGCUGAAGUCGCCAGUUGGAGCCGAAGCUGCUGGCUACUCGUGGCCAUUACCAGUAUACGAUAAACACCAUGAUGCUGCUCAUGAAAUCAUUGAGACCAUUCGUUGGGUGUGUGAGGAGAUCCCAGACCUUAAGUUGGCUAUGGAGAACUAUGUCCUCAUCGACUACGACACGAAGAGCUUCGAGAGUAUGCAAAGACUUUGUGACAAAUACAACAGAGCCAUCGACAGCAUCCACCAGCUGUGGAAAGGCACCACCCCGCCCCUGAAGCUGAACAAGCGGCCGUCCAACGGGCUCCUCAGGCAUAUCCUGCAGCAGGUGUACAACCACUCGGUCACGGACCCAGAGAAGCUCAACAACUAUGAGCCAUUCUCCCCCGAGGUGUACGGUGAGACAUCCUUUGACCUGGUGGCCCAGAUCAUCAACGAGAUGGAAAUGAUGGAGGACGACACCUUUGUAGACCUCGGCAGCGGAGUGGGACAAGUGGUGCUGCAGGUUGCUGCAGCAACAAACUGUAAACACUACUUUGGUGUGGAGAAGGCAGACAUUCCAGCCACUUAUGCAGAGUCCAUGGACAAAGAAUUUAAGAGGUGGAUGAAGUGGUAUGGGAAGAAACACGGGGACUACUCGCUGGAGAGGGGGGAUUUCCUGUCUGAAGUGUGGAAGGAGAGGAUAGCCAACACAAGUAGUGUAAUUUUUGUGAACAACUUUGCUUUUGGUCCAGAGGUUGAUCACCAGCUGAAGGAGCGCUUUGCUAACAUGAAGGAAGGUGGGAAAAUUGUAUCCUCAAAACCUUUUGCGCCUCUAAAUUUUAGAAUCAACAGUCGAAACUUGAGUGACAUUGGCACAAUAAUGAGAGUCGUGGAGUUGUCUCCGUUGAGGGGUUCAGUGUCCUGGACUGGAAAACCAGUUUCCUACUACCUUCAUACGAUAGACCGCACCAUACUUGAAAACUAUUUUCAUAGUCUCAAAAAUCCUAAACUCAGGGAGGAGCAAGAAGCAGCUAGGCGUCGUCAAGAAAAGAAUAGUAAAAGCAACAGCACCACGCCAACCAAGGCAAAGGAGCACAAGGAUUCCUGUGAGGAGGUUGAGCGACCAGGCCUAUUGGCAGUCGUGAAGGCGCCACCCAAACCGCGGCGUGCCAAACUCCUCAAGGGCCGCAAGCUGAGUGCUCGGAAGCGCGGGCGUCCCAAGAAGGCUGCUGUAGCCGCAGCUGAGCGAAAGAGCAAGAGCAGCCAGAGUGCCCUGGAUCUGCUGCAUGCCAAGACCCUCUCAGCAGCACCCCCUCAGGAUGCAUAUAGGUCACCUCAAAGUCCCUUCUACCAGCUACCUCCCAAAGUUCAGCACUAUGCGUCUGGCCAACUUCUGCUGGGCCCCAGUCCUCCUGGCCUACAACAGCUUCUUGACAACAUUAAAGUCCAGUACCUCCAGUUCAUGGCCUACAUGAAGACACCUCAGUACCGCAACAACCUGCAGCAAGUCCUGGAGCAGGAGAAGCUCAAACACAGAGGGCUUUCUGGGCAGGCGGAGCAUCUGCAGACUGCGUGUCAGACCCACAAAGAGAAAAUCAAAGGGCUCUUCCACCACAAACUGGAUGAGCUGGGAGUGAAGGCACUCACCAUGGAGGACCUAUUGGAGGCCCAGAAGGAGAUCUCGGCCCACAACCGUCAACUGAAGGAGCAGACCAAGCAGCUGGAGAGAGACAUGGCCGAGCUGAGGGAUCACAGCCUGUUCCUGUUGAAGUCUCGAUGUGAGGAGCUGAAGCUGGAUUGGAGCUCUCUGUGUCUUGAGAGCCUGCUGAAGGAGAAGCAGGCCCUGCGUAGACAGAUCUCAGAGAAACAGCGCCACUGCCUCGAGCUGCAGAUCAGCAUCGUGGAACUGGAGAAGAGUCAGAGGCAACAGGAGCUGCUCCAGCUCAAGUCCUACAGUCCCCGUGAGGGCUCCCUCUACCACAAGGGCCUCCCCGGCCUGGAGGCCCUCCCCCGUCCUCCCCUGGAUCACCACACCCCCAAACUCAGCCUAGCUGCUGCUGGCCUCAACAGUCUCAGCCCCGAGCUGUCCAUCAACAGCAUCGCCCCGCCCUGCUUCCACAGGGGUGGUGUGGGGACCAAGGGAGCGCUGCUCUCCCGCUACCUGCCUAUCUCGCCCGACCACGAGAUUGUACCCCCCACCCCAGAUGCCCGACACAGGCAGCUGGGUCACCCCCUCCCCGACUACACCCGCUACUCCCCAGCUAAGAUCGCCCUGCGCAGACACCUGAACCAGGACUCUAGUAUGGCACACUUCAGAGGCCUGGGCUUCACUGGUCUCAGGGAUAUGGUUGCUGUCACUUCUCCAUUAGGAGCUAAACUGAGCUGCCUCUCUCCCAACUCAUCAGACAGUCUGCAGAACAACACACCCAGGAGUGCUGAGAGGGGUGACACCAUCACCAGCCUGCCCAUCAGUAUCCCCCUCAGCACGGUGCACCCCAGCAAGCUCCCUGUUAGCAUCCCCCUGGCCAGUGUGGUGCUGCCCAGCCGAGCUGAGAGACUGAGGAGCACACCGAGUCCUGUGUUCCAGAUGGGCCAGACCAAUGGGUACUCCUCUAGCUCAGGGCUGAUGAACGGAGGCUCUCAUUCUGAGGACCAGGACAGUGCUGCCCCCUCCCCUCCCCCUCACGGUGCCCCUCUAACGGGACCAACACAAGGCCACAGCCCCCCUCUCAGCACCGGGGGGGUCCUCCACUACGCUGACGGCCCCCCCAGAAUCCUCCCUGAGGACUGGGCCGAGCGGCACGGUGAGUCUGACUCUGAGCCCCAGGACAGCGAGUCCAGACGCCGCAUGUUCUUCUCUUCCUCCUCCUCUUCCUCAUCUUCAUCCUCUUCAGGGGGCGCAGUGACUCGCCUACACCUUGGCUCAGGCAGGCAGGGCAAACAUCACCACGGCAACCACAACACCAAUAACCACCACCACUCGCCAGGCUCCCAGCACACACACACCCACGGCCAUGGAUCACAAGAGGGGCGCAAGCGUGGGAGGAGAAAGCGCAGCUCUGCGGGGGCUCAACCUGCCAGCGGCUCCCCAAAGAGAAGGUCCUUUCCUGGGCUCAGCUCCACCAGCCAACCCUCAGGAUCCCCACUCAACAUCAACUCCAUGGUGAACAACAUAAACCAGCCUCUGGAGAUUGCUGCCAUUUCUUCCCCGGAGCAGUCUGGUUGUAGCCCCUGUGGGCCAGACAUGGAUCAGCCUCCUGUACUGAAGAGAGAACGCCCUCUGGAGAUCAACGGCUCAGGACACUACUCCUCUGCACCCAGCUCUGACGACGACUCUGGCUACCCUGCUGACAGCUCCAGCUCAAGAAUUGAAAGGAAGAUUGCCACUAUUUCCUUGGAGAGCAGAGAUGGAGCAGGCAGACCAGGGAACAGCGAGCGGGGAAGGAAAUCGGGAGGCAGCAGCGGGAACAGCACCGGCAGUGAAGUCUCCUCUUCAUCCUCAUCUUCCAACAGCAAGUGGAAGUCUACCUUCUCCCCCAUCUCAGACACCAAGCAGCCCCCAGGCGAGCUGAGGCAGGGGGGCUCCCCCUUCGGUAUGGGGAGAGAGCCACUGGGCCUAGGCACCGACUCAGACUCUGAUCACAAACCGCAGCAGAGGAGGGGGGGGGAAGGGGGUGGGGGCGAGUCCUCAGCAUCUCCGUACAUUCCCCCUAGCCCCUUCCUCAGCCAGGAGGCUGGUGGCCGGCCAGGGCCAGCCACCCAGGGAGGAAGCGGCUCUGAGAGGCAGGCUAUGCCCAAACAGAAGCCCAGGGGGGAGUGGGAGCUGAAGACGUCCAGCAGUCUAGGAAACAGCCAAAACCUCUUCAUCUCUGCGGCUGCCAGCGGUGGUAUCCUGAGUGGGAAGGUGGGGGGAAGCCCAGUAGCUGUGUCCUCAGCCUCAGGGGCUUCUGUGGGACAGUACCUGGGGGCCCAGUUCCCCCUCGGGGGGGCCUCUGUCCUUCAGUCCCUGUUUGGGGCCCAGACGCCCAGCACCUCGGUGAGCGGGGCCUCUCGCCUGGUCAACGGACACUCUUCCCUGGGGAGCUUCUCCAGCACUGGGCUGGCAGGCGGAGCAGCUGGAGGUAUUUUUCACCAUGUGGUGCCCUCAGUGUCGUCCCAUCAGUUUGGGGCUGUGCUGCCAGCCACAGGAGGCCUCAGCUCUCUGCUCAGUCUCUCCUCCUCCCAGCAGCAUCAGCACAUGGCCCCUCACUCAUGCUCCUCCUUCCUGGCCUCUGUGUCCUCCACCAUCCCCCUGCCCCUCUCACAGGCCCAGCACAGCCGCACCCAGACAGUACUGCACACUCCUCUGCCCCCCAUGCGCUCUCUUCCACCUCCCCCGCCUCUACUUAAUGUCUCCUACUCUUCCUCUGUCCCCUUUUCUUCUGAACCCACUCCCUCGUCUCGCUCUGAGUCCUUCCUCUCCUCACGACUAGUUGCCUCUUCCCUCCAGCAUCAGAGGGCACAGUCCUCAAUCUCUCUCUCUGGCUCCUCUGCUGCUGCUUCUGCCCACCUUCCUCCUUCCUCUCGUAACUUCACAGCACACCACCCUCCUCACCUGCCCCCUCCAACCCCGGCCAGUAUAUCAGGAGGUGGGGGCAUCAUGUGGAGGACUCUGGGCUUGCCUGCUUCCUACAUGUCGUCCUCUCAGCACACCGGUUCCCGGCCUAGAUAGGGUGGGGUGGGGGGGGAGUAGGUCAGUCAGAGGGAUAAGGAGGAGAGAUCUGGUUGUCCCUGUUCUCCCCAAGCUGCUAUUCAGUCCCAACAAGGUAACUAAAGAAUAUCUACCUCAACCCAACAUAACCUAUGCAAAUGGCCAGGUGUGGACCACGGUACUCUUUCACUGGUGCUCCUAAGCCUGUUAAAUUGCCACACACUCUCACAUUGACACACAGCAUGGCAUCCUGAGCGGAGUUGAGCGGUCACGGGGGUUUUUGUGUCGUGGGUUGAGGCUGACCGUAAUCCGUGAGUUGUGUACCUCCCAUCCUGAAUGAAUUGGUUUACUGCCUGCUCUGAACAUUAAUGUUAUAGAGACACAGGACAUGCACUGUUUCCUGUAAGUUGUACAGGUACAUCACUGUCACAUGUAACCUGGUGCUACUAAGUAUGAAAUAUCGAUAACUAUAUUGAGCUUUAAGACUCAACUCAGACAUUUGAUGACAGAAGAAAGCACAGUUAGCAGUGUAGUUGUACAUGUUAUAUUACAAAAGACGGACUGUAUAUGGCGGCAGACUCCUGUUGUACCUUCAUCCCAGUAUCAUCUUUGUUCUGUCAUUCUCUGACCACCAGGGUGUUUUCUUUGUCCCCCCCCUCCCCCCACACACACAAAUAAUUUGUUUACACAGGCAGACCAAUUCUGAUAUUUUUUCCAGUAAUUGGUCGUUUGACCGAUCAGCUCUGAAAAAGAUCUGAUGUGAUUGGUCAAAUAACCAAUUAGUGUAAAAAAAAAAAAUGUUUUUUUAAAGAUUUGUCUGCCUGUGUAAACGCAUCUAUAUAGUGGGGCAAAAAUGUAUUUAGUCAGCCACCAAUUGCAGGUUCUCCCACUUAAAAAUGAGAGGCUUGUAAUUUUCAUCAUAGGUGCACUUCAACUAUGACAGACAUAAUGAGGAAAAUCCAUAAAAUCACAUUGUAGGAUUUUUAAUGAAUUUAUUUGCAAAUUAUGGUGGGAAAUAAGUAUUUGGUCACCUACAAACAAGCAAGAUUUCUGGCUCUCACAGACCUGUAACUUCUUUUUUAAGAGGCUCCUUUAAGAGGCUCCUCUGUCCUCCACUUGUUACCUGUAUUAAUGCACCUGUUUGAACUUGUUAAAACUUGUUAACAGUAUAAAAUACACCUAUCCACAACCUCAAACAGUCACACUCCAAACUCUACUAUGGCCAAGACCAAAGAGCUGUCAAAGGACACCAGAAACAAAAUUGUAGACCUGCACCAGGCUGGGAAGACAGAAUCUACAAUUUGGGGUUAUUGCAGCUUGGUUUGAAGAAUUCAAUUGUGGGAGCGAUUAUUAGGAAAUGGAAGACAUACAAGACCACUGAUAAUCUCCCUCGAUCUGGGGCUCCACGCAAGAUCUCACCCCGUGGGGUCAAAAUGAUCACAAGAACGGUGAGCAAAAAUCCCAGAACCACACGGGGGGACCUAGUGAAUGACCUGCAGAGCUAGGACCAAAGUAACAAAGCCUACCAUCAGUAACACACUACGCCGCCAGGGACUCAAAUCCUGCAGUGCAAAACGUGUCCCCCUGCUUAAGCCAGUACAUGUCCAGGCCCGUCUGAAGUUUGCUAGAGAGCAUUUGGAUGAUCCAGAAGAAGAUUGGGAGAAUGUCAUAUGGUCAGAUGAAACCAAAGUAGAACUUUUUGGUAAAAACUCAACUCGUCGUGUUUGGAGGACAAAGAAUGCUGAGUUUCAUCCAAAGAACACUAUACCUACUGUGAAGCAUGGGGGUGGAAACAUCAUGCUUUGAGGCUGUUUUUCUGCAAAGGGACCAGGACGACUGAUCCGUGUAAAGGAAAGAAUGAAUGGGGCAAUGUAUUGUGAGAUUUUGAGUGAAAACCUCCCAUCAGCAAGGGCAUUGAAGAUGAAACGUGGCUGGGUCUUUCAGCAUGACAAUGAUCCCAAACACACCGCCCGGGCAACAAAGGAGUGGCUUCAUAAGAAGCAUUUCAAGGUCCUGGAGUGGCCCAGCCACGAAGCAUUUAAAAAAAAUUUUUUUUUAUUUUACCGCUUUUUCUCCCCCAAUUUUGUGGUAUCCAAUUGUUUAGUAGCUACUAUCUCGUCGCUUCAACUCCCGUAUGGGCUCGGGAGAGACGAAGGUUGAAAGUCAUGCGUCCUCCGAUACACAACCCAACCAAGCCGCACUGCUUCUUAACACAGCGCCAUCCAACCCGGAAGCCAACCGCACCAAUGUGUCAGAGGAAACGCCGUGCACCUGGCAACCUUGGUUAGCGCGCACUGCGCCCGGCCCGCCACUGGAGUCGCUGGUGCGCGAUGAGAUUUCCCUACCAGCCAUACCCUCCCUAACCCAGAUGAUGCUCGGCCAAAUGUGUGUCGCCCCACGGACCUCCCGGUCACGACAGAGCCUGGGCGCGAACCCAGAGUCUCUGGUGGCACAGCUGGCGCUGCAGUACAGCGCCCUUAACCACUGCACCACCCGGGAGGCAGUAAGAAGCAUUUCAAGGUCCUGGAGUGGCCUAGCCAGUCUCAAGAUCUCAACCCCAUAGAAAAUCUUUGGAGGGAGUUGAAAGUCCGUGUUGCCCAGCAACAGCCCCAAAACAUCACUGCUCUAGAGGAGAUCUGCAUGGAGGAAUGGGACAAAAUACCAGCAACAGUGUGUGAAAACCUUGUGAAGACUUACAGAAAACAUUUGACCUCUGUCAUUGCCAACAAAGGGUAUAUAACAAAGUAUUGAGAAACUUUUGUUAUUGACCAAAUACUUAUUUUUCACCAUCAGCAAAUAAAUUCAUAAAAAAUCCUACAAUGUGAUUUUCUUGAUUUUUUUUUUUUUUUUUUUUUUUUCCUCAUUUUGUCUGUCAUAGUUGAAGUGUACUUGUGAUAAAUUACAGGCCUCAACUUUUUAAGUGGGAGAACUUGCACAAUUGGUGGCUGACUAAAUACUUUUUUUCCCCCACUGUGUGUGUGUGUGUGUGUGUGUGUGUGUGUAUAUAUAUAUUAAUUACACACAGUCUAGACCAGUUUAACCCGACUCUGUACAGGACUAGGGACCAUGCAGCUGUGACUGCAUCUCUGUCGCUCUGCUAGCUAACCUUUAACCCUGAUAAUUUCUUCAGUGAAUUCAAUAUGAUUUGACCACAUUAGCUUUUGGAUAUAGUAUGAAACGAGAAGCUGUUGGUUCAAACACACUGGAUAACAUAUUUGUGUUCCCUCACUGUGGCAACAUCCCUGGUGCAGGGACAGCACUAUCGUCAGCUCAGAGUAAAAAAGUUAUAGGUGUGAUCAUUUAUGUUAAUAACGACAGUUUCUGGAAAUGUAAUAGUAAGCCUCUAGGGUCUUCUCAUUCAUUUGAAUGCUGUGUCAAAAUGUAUAGAAGUGAACAGCAGAAAGACUUAAGGAUGUAAUGGGGAAACAGAAUUCAAUUACUGAGACAGUCAGUUGAUAAUCACUACUUAUAGAGCCAACUCGGGAGUAGGGACCUGCAACGCAAUGUGCAUUCUUCACAAGUAGGAAUUUCAACUACUCUAACUUAAGCUUCUUGGUUUUGUUUUUAUAGCCCUGCUGAAACACUGAUAGGAUGAAAAAUGCAGGUGUAAUUUUGGGACUUUUAAUACGGUCCGUGUUGUAUUCAGGCAAGUCUCUGGAACCCUAUCUCACGGAGUUCACAGGGGAUGGGUAGAACAUUUUUUUACGUGUCACUGAAGGUUGUAGUGGUACUUUCUGCAGCCUGUCCAACCUGCACACACUGGUAUAUGAACACCCUCACCCACACACUGGUAUACGAACACCCUCACCCACACACUGGUAUACGAACACCCUCACCCACACACUGGUAUACGAACACCCUCACCCACACACUGGUAUACGAACACCCUCACCCACACACUGGUAUACGAACACCCUCACCCACACACUGGUAUACGAACACCCUCACCCACACACUGGUAUACGAACACCCUCACCCACACACUGGUAUACGAACACCCUCAGCCACACACUGGUAAAUGCAUGAAUGAACAACAAACUACUGGGCAAUUUUCACUUGAUUUAUUUCAUUUUUGUAAACUACAUUGUACUGUGAAUGGGAGACAUUCUGACUGUUUAAUUGUGUAUAAUUUUGAUUAUAUUUAUGCUGUCAUGUUUUUUGUUUAUUUUGUUCUCCUGAAAUGUGUAACAGUGUAGAAUGCAUUAGGGAUAAGUGUGUACUUAACGUAGUCUGAAAACAAUGGUGCUACAAUCUGUAACUCUGGACUGUGCCUAAUUUUAUUUAUACAAUAUUAAGAACAUCAAUAACUGUCGAUACUUGGUGCUUCUUGUACACAGGGAUGUUUUAAAUGCCAUUUUCUGGCAUUCUUUCUCGUAUUUAAAGUGUAGUUAUCAGAUUUUUUAAUUGUUGUACUAGUGUACAACUGCAGACGAUUUGGCUCAGAGUUAAGGCAAUAGGUAACGCUCUCAUUAGAUGUUUUCACACAGUUUUUUUGGCAUACUGCAAAACACCCUUUUGCUUUCAGAAACUUGCCACUUGUUCAGGACUAUUUGUAAAUGUUUUUCUUGUAUUCUUAUUUUUAACUUAAGUUUUAAGGGUGUGUUGCUGAAUAUGAAACGCCUAGAUUGCUUUGGGGUAUUAUUUAAUUAUUAUUAUUUUUUGGGGGGGGGGGCUGACAUGUGGCCAAAUUCUACAACCUGUCAAACAGGUUGGGCCAGCACCCAAGGGAGACAGAGGUGCAGAGUUGUUAAGCCAGUGCUUUAAUAGUGAGAAACACCAUGACUAUUCAGUGUCAAUGAGGGCUCCUCUGAGAUGUACUGUACCAGUUAAAAGUUUGGACACUUUUUUUGGUUACUACAUGAUUCCAUAUGUUAUUUAAUAGUUUGAUCUAUUCACUAUUCUACAAUGUAGAAAAUGUUAAAAAUAAAAACCCAUGAAUGAGUAGGUGUCUAAAACGUUUGACUGAUACUGUAUAUAUUUAUCUUGAGAAACUCGACUCGACGCUUGUGCUAUGUGCUUAACACAUGCAGACAGAGAUUUUGUGCUGAAACUAGACUGUCUGGAUUGUAUCAGAUUUACUUUAUGCUUUUUAAAGAAAAACGUAUACUGGUGCUCUUUCAACCACACAAACUGAUUUCAGAAAAUGUUCUGGGUGCAUCCAAAAACCAAAUGUCAUCUCAUUUCUACUGCCUGGGAUAUGUCUUAAAACCGCCUCCUUCCCAUAGCGUGAGCAUAUUACAUCUGUUUGUUAUUACAUGUUAAUUGUUCCAAUAUAACUGGUAGUAGAAUAACUUGUAGGAGUUAUGUGAGUUUGCAACAAUCAGGCUUCCUUUAGAUCUGAUUGCCAAAUGAGUCUUUAUUAAUUGAGGACGCGAAGCAGCAGGACAUUAAUUUAUCUUCAUUGUUUUGUUUGUUUCACCUAUACCCUCAAAGAAAAAUGACUCAUCAAAGCAUUAGUCACAAUGUGGUCCGGUAAACGAGUGCUUUGUAACCAUGAAUGUUUAUCAACCCUUCUGUUCAAGUGAAGUGAGGACAAUGAUUUGUUCAUGUCAGACAUGAACAAAAAAGCGAAUUCCAUUGUUAACAGUGCUGACAGGCCUUUUUUUUGUAAUUAUUGUUUUCAUUUUUUUUCUUGGUGUUUGAUUUCAUCACAGUUGGUAUCAAUUAUGCUUUUAUGACAAGAUUCAGAUCAAGUUUUAAUACUCUUAAACAGACAGUGCGGUGCUCUCCUACACUUAAAAUUAGGGAAAAUGCAGCUAUUGAUUAAUACACUUCUCCUGUUGUGCCAGAGGGGGAAGGUUUAAACUUCACCACAGGCUCUCGUUUACUUUUUAAUCUGUAUAUAUAUAUAUAUAUAUAUAUACACACACACACUUCCUAGUUGGCUGGAGUGGCAAUGUGUGUGGGAGUGAGAAUAGUAUUAGGUAGUGAAUAUUGUUCAGGUUUUAACGAACUUUUACAACAUGCCCCAUUUCUAAUAUGUCCACUGAAGAACUAUGCCUAUGAUCUCUCUGGCAAAUGUGGAUGAUAUAUUGAAGUCAUAUAGUGCUCUAUACAUUAUCUCAAUGCUUAACUUUACAGUUAAGACUUUUCCACAUACCAAGACUGAAUCCUGCCAAGUCUCUCAGGAACUCAGAUAUCUUGCUAUAUAAAUGCUAUAACACUUUGAAUACUGUAUGUCCCACUUAUCUUAAAACUGGGACUUAUGUUUCUCUCUUUCUCAGGACCAGGGACCGCAUUUAUAUUUUGAUGUUACUUAAAUUGAUAUUGGUGCUAUGAGUUGACAAACUGCCUUAGAUGUAUGUUUGUUGUCUCAAUUUCUCACUGUCACACACAUCCAGCCACGCCAGCAAAAGACUGCAGGUUUGUUCGACUAGUCUGAAGAUGUCGUGGAAAAGCCUCAUCUCUUCCUACUCUCUCACACGUCUCAAUCCCUCUCCUCUCUCAAAAUGAAAUGUCCUUUGACCAUCAGUGUUGUGAUCCUUACAUAGGAGAACGCUGUGUAGUUGAAGGAAUUAAUUUAACUAACUCAGUAAAGCCAGGGCAGGUUUGAGGUGCAAUAGGCAAACCUACUUUCCAAAACACCCUGGGUUGUCAUGGAAACUCUUGGUGUUGGUGCUUUUAUCUUAAAUAUGAUUAAUGACAAAUUGAAAUUUGUUUAGCUUUUUAUGAUUAAUAAAAUGUUUUCUUAUGAAGUGUU